AAACGUGUGGAUGAAGUCUGCGUCUGUCGCGGUUUGCAGCUAUGCCAUCAGACAGAUAUGACAUCUGCCAACAGAAGUGAAAUUUAAGAUGCCACUUUACUUUCUGCCCUCCUCAAACACGGGGAGUCCUUGCACUGCAUACUAAAUUUAGACUAUUCAAAGGUCCCCCUCCACAUGCGGUGACCUCCUCAUUCAUUGCUGAAACAAUAUUUAGGUGGGAGAGCAACUCGGGAGGAGCCACCAUCACCAUGCCUGAAGAUGAAGUCCGCCAGAGGAAGAAGAAGAAGUCCAAGAAGGGGAAGGGCAAGGGGCAGGGUGCGGCAGCUAACGAACAGCAGCUAGCAGCAGGUUUGGACGCCCAGGAAGAUGCCAAACUCCUGCCGCCACCUCCACCCAAGAAGCCCGCGGAGACCAAGCCAGUCAAGGCCGCAGCGGAGGAGGAGGAGUCGUCCAUCUGGAUCUGUCUCCAGGUGCUGUUCCCGUACCUGCUGGCGGGCAUGGGGAUGGUGAUGGCCGGCAUGGUGCUGGACUUUGUGCAGCACUGGGAGGUUUUUAAAGUCAUCACUGAAAUAUUUAUCCUGGUUCCAGCUUUGGUUGGAUUGAAGGGAAACCUAGAGAUGACCCUGGCAUCUCGGCUCUCCACUGCGGCCAACACGGGCCAAAUGGACGACCCUGACAAGCAGUGGAUCAUGGUGUGCAGCAACCUGGCUCUCAUACAGGUCCAGGCGACGGUGGUGGGCUUCCUAGCGGCGGUGGCGGCAGUGGGCCUGGGGGCGUUCUCCCGGGGGGGCGUAGAGCUGGACCAGGCGGUCGUGCUGUGUGCCAGCUCCGUCACGACCGCCUUUGUGGCCGCGCUCUCCCUAGGUCUGGUGAUGAUCGGGGUCAUCAUCGGCUCCAGGAAGGUGGGCAUCAACCCAGACAACGUGGCCACCCCCAUCGCGGCCAGUCUUGGAGACCUCAUCACCCUCUCACUACUCGCAUGGGUCAGCAGCACACUCUUCCACUACAAAGACGUGUGGUACCUGUCUCCACUGGUGUGUGUCUUCUUCCUGGUUCUCAUCCCCGUGUGGGUGGUCAUCGCCCGGCGGAGUCCCCAGAUCCGCGAGGUGCUGCGAUCGGGAUGGCAGCCGGUUAUAGUGGCCAUGUCCAUUAGCAGCUUUGGAGGUCUGAUUCUUGACAGGACAGUGAGUGACCCCAAGUUUGAGGGCAUGGCCGUCUUCACUCCUGUUAUCAAUGGUGUGGGGGGUAACUUGGUGGCCAUCCAGGCCAGUCGUAUCUCCACCUUCCUCCACUUCUGGAGUGUCCCGGGGGUCCUGCCCCACAAGAUGAGGCAGCACUGGCCCAACCCCUGCGUCACCUUCUUCUCCUCAGGUGUGAACUCCAAGUCAGCGCGUGUCUUGUUCCUGCUGGUGGUGCCGGGCCACUUGGUCUUCCUGUCGGCCAUCAGCCUCCUCCAGGGAGGACACACGGCCAUCACCGCCGCCUUCACCUGCUGCUACCUCACCGCUGCCCUCCUACAGGUGGGUAUCCUUCUGUACAUGGCCGACCUGAUCGUGAGGCUGACGUGGAGGUUGGGUCUGGACCCGGACAACUUCUCCAUCCCCUACCUGACGGCACUGGGCGACCUGCUGGGCACCGGCUUCCUGGCCCUCUGCUUCCACCUGGUCUCCAUGACGGAGGGCCUGGGGCUGUGACCAGGCUCCAGAAGCCUCCAAGCGGCCCAGGGAUCAUGGGUCCCGCAAAACGGAGUGGAAAGAAAUCCCGUACACUGUCCAUUUCAGUGACAAACUUUGGUCAAGUGUCCUCACCUUGUUAGGACGAGCAAUGCCCAUUUUUUCAAGGUGUAUCGUAUUAUUAAUUAUUACACUAUUAUUGGAUAGUCUUUGGUGAAAUUUGCAAAAAAAAAAUGGGCAUGGUUACUCGUCCUAGCAAGGCUAGGACCCUUCACUUUGAGAAAUACACAGUAAUACAAUAUUUUGGUCAUCCAACCUUCUUCAGGUAAAGGAACUUACCGGUACCCUGAAGAAGGUCCGAUGGCCGAAACGUUGUAUUAAUGUUUGUGAUGUUGGUGGAAUGGACAGUGUACAGGAUUUUUUUUUUUUUUUACUCUCGAAUGACAACCCCACUGGGAUAAUAUCCUACACACCUGUCCAACUACAGAGAUGUGAGAAUGUGUCAUUUUGAUCUCCCUCUAAAAGGACCCAUCCCUGUCUCCUCUAAAAGGGACCCAUCCCUGAGUGCGUUGCAAUAUGCGGCCUUAUCUCCUCCACUUGUGCUUGUCUCCUCGUCCCGCCUCCUGGCCCCUCCUCCGUGGAGAAAACGAUAAAGUUUCCCAGCUGUCAGCCUAGCCACAACAACUUUUGAGGGACUGUUUUUCAUUCACCAUCCCAAUUGAAAAUGAGAAAAAGACUUUACAAUUGAGCUUUUGCAAGAUAUUGAAAUAUAAUGCUGUUGUCAGUGAUGUCAUCAUGACAUAUUACUUCCUGGUACGAUGAGACAAGCACAAGUGGAGGAGGCAAGGCCGCAUAUUGUAACGCACUCCCUGUCUCCUGUCCUGGCCCCUGAGGCGUGGGGUCCGUCAGCCAUCUCAUCUCGGCCUUGUGGCGGCCGGGCCGGUUCCAGUAAGAUGGUGUCGCCCCAUGUUGAGGCUGUGGCCAUACAUGACUCUGCUCUGUUAGCUCUUCAAGAGGACGCUUACUCGGAUGGGAAAAACAG